AUGAGAUACGCGUUGCUUUUAUUCCUGGACUACCUACAGAAAGGCAGGCCCAGUGUCCAUGUCAUCAAGCAUCCAAAGGUGUGCAGAAGAGCUUUCUCAGAGCGAGCUGAGGGUGUUGGGUUGAAGAUUCAUGGUUUCAAAGGGCAUGGUACCCUAACCCUAAACCUGGCAGGUGCGGGGUCAUAUCGGCUCCUGCCCAAGCUCUGUCCUGAGUGCUUGGCGGAGCCUUUGGAGACCGACUACUUUGGAGGGGCCCCUGGUGGAGCCCCUCCCCGGCUUCGCGCGCCGACCCCGGAGGCCUUUGAGGCAGCGGCCCGCUCCGGAAAGGUGCUGAUCUUGGAGGAUGCUUCCGCUGGAGCUGCUCUGGAAGGUUGGACAUGUGAGCGUCUUGCCAAGGAGUUUCCGGAGGCCAAGAUGCGCCGCGAGUACGACUGGGUCAAAAAUCCAAAGGAUCGCAAUGUCCAGGAGAUGGGAAGCGUGGCCUGGGCUUCUUCUCUUGAGCGUGGUGAAGAUGCAGACGAACGACAGCGGCAGGACCCGGAGUCGCCUCCUUUUGCACCUUUUUACUGGGGUGUGAGGGAGCACGGAAAGGGUGACCUGGGGUCGAAGAAAGUAGUGAAGAGGAUCCGUGAGCUCAUUAGGCAGUCGAUCCCAGCUUUUAUGGACCAGCGCAAUGCAGACUCUCUCUUCAACAACGCCGAAUUCUGGCUCGGUGCAAAGGGCACAGGCGCACGCGCCCAUAUGGAUUCACACUGCAUAAGCACUCUGAGCGUCGUUCUCCACGGGGAGCGCCGCUGGCGCAUCGGACCGGUGCCACGCCUGCCCAAAGGUGCAGGCAGGUCGCCGGACGACGAGGUCGUCUUUGAUGACGGCGUGGCUUACAAACUUGGAUGGACACCAAUGUUUGAGUUCACGGUAAAGGAAGGCGAGGCCGUCCUUUUCCCUCCAGGCUGGAUCCAUGAGACGCUGAACACUGCCGAUGAUUGCACUGUCGCGCUAACCACACAAUUCGACCUUCCCAUGCCUGUGCGGUACUACCGAUCUUUCUACAACCGUCUCCGACGCGUCGGCGAUCUUUAUGCCUGCUGGCGCGACAUGCUGAGCUGGGCAGGCGCAAAGGUCCCUAAGCUGAGCGAUGCCAAAUCCCUGGCUGGAAAGGCGUAUGCCGAGAUCAAGAAGAACAAUCGAGUCCUCAAACCCAGAGAACUGGAUUUCUUCGAUUUGGACGAGGAUGGGAAUGUCACGGAGGAGGAGUACGUUCAAACUUUCACUGCCUGGACAGCCACAGAGUUGGCAAUCAGAAAGGAGAAGCGAAAGCAACUCCCGAAAUGCGACAUGAACUGGGACGACAAGGUGCUUCACAAUCUCGAGGAGCUUUAG